CGUCACUCCGAGUCUCACUCUACCGACUGACACAAAGUAAAGAUGUGACCUUUAGCGGACAGUCUUCGGAUUGCAUUGGAUACCCAGUGGCUACCGGUGACCACAGGCAGCAACAUGAUGCAUAUCAGCGACCGACUUUUCAUUCGGCCAAAGGCAAGUAAACCCACGUUUUCGCAAGCGACAUCGUCACCCAUGCGUUCGGUCACUUCAACACCACCCGCUUGAGUGAGGACUUGCAUAGUGUCAUCUCGCAUUCCAGUGUAUCAUUUCCACAUUCAAUUCAGCUUUAUUAUGGAGUCUUCUGAAACUCUGGAAAGUAAAGCCGAUUUUUUUAAAGCUCUAGAUGCCGUUUGGGAUGACGACCAAGAUGAACCCGACAAGGAGCAAUCAGAGCUGAGGAGGCGCUAUCGAGAUGCUCAAAUUCGGCGCGAGAGCACAGAUGCUCCUCGCGCGACGACUUCUGAUGCAUCGAGCUCACAAGCCCAAGUCUCUGAAGCCCAAGAUUCUGUCAGAAUUCCUGCACAGACUUCCAUUGGCAUGCCUCGCGAGCAUUCCAUCAAGCCCAUCUCGCGGGUGCACUCAGAGCCAAACCCAGCCACAUUAGACAUCUCCCGUGACAAAACCAUCAAAGGAACGCCACUUAACAAGAUUGCUCAGAUGAAGGCCCGGCAGGGCGAUCUUGCGGUGACAGCCAAGACCACCUCCUUCAUCGAAGAGACGCCAGCGGCUGGAGCAAGACGGAAUGGUGCCAAACAGCCUGCAACAUUGCGUCGAAUCGCAACGAGCCCGCUCCCUAUUUCCAGCCCGUCGGUCAGGGAGUCGCAAUCAGCGGCGUCGGCAGGCCUGAGGAAGACAAAAAGGAAACGAAACUCAAGCGGGCUCGCUGGUAGCAGCACUGUGGACGAUAUUGUUCCUGAAGAGCGUCGGGUAUUCAAGGACUUGUCCUUCUUCUACAUACCAAACGAUGACAUCGCCCCGGCGCGAAGACGCCGCAUAGGUAUAGCUCAAAAGUUUGGCGCACGAUGGGUCAGAAAGCCAGAGCUGGCCACUCAUGUUAUCGUUGAUAACGGUUUCACCUACAAGGACAUUGAGAGCAUCGUUUCUCCAAUUAUGACUGUCUCUGAUGGCCAAGUUCCUCCGGCAAUUGUGAGGGAAAACUUCCAGGGCGACUCUGUUGAGAUUGGGUUUGUUGUCAACCCUGACCAGCCCAAGUAUCAUGUCCGAGGCUGUCCUCUGCCAUUAAACGGACGAAAGAAUGAGAUAAAAGGGCCAUCACCAACACCGGGGAUCACCGAGACAACUUCCAGUCAAGGCAACCCUCCAAGCUCAGGUGAAUUGCUUCGGGUGAAAAACAGCCAUCGGUCCAGACGAUUCAACCGUAGACAGGUCACGCCAGUCGCUACCCCGCCUCGGGAAGCCGAGGCAGAGAUCACCAGCGACGUAAAUGGUGUCGGGGAUACAACAAAUAUUAACGUUGUACCCUCGUCAAAUAAGACUCCUGAUGAGGGCAAUAUUGAACAAGGCCCCACAAACAUCGAACAGAAUUCCCAGGAGGCUACCAAUAUAGGUGUCAGAGAUGAGCUCACAUCCUGCAUCGAAUUUACGGCACGAUAUAAGAAUCUGCCGCUAGAUGAAGAUGAAGAUGACGCCAAUUCUCUGAGGGACUCUGAGUCUCCUGAUUCGGGCAACGAUGGCAGUGGAUCUGAGGAAGAGCGUGAGACUAAGAAACAGAAAGCAGCACCUAAACCCAAACCUGGUUCUAAAGACAUUGAAUGGAAAGACAGGUUUGCUUGUCACCGUGGCGGUACUAUCGACAGCAGAGGUCACACUGCAGUGGACUCAGUGAACCCAAACGCGCGCACAAUCGAAAUUUUACAACAAAUGUGUGACUAUUACUCGCAAAUCAACGACCACUGGCGAACCACGGCCUACAGGAGAGUAAUCAAUACUUUGCGGCGACAAAAGCACAAAAUUACAACCGAGGAGGAGGCAGUCCGCCUCCCCAGUGUCGGGUCUCGUCUGGCCAAGAAAAUUGAGGAGAUCGCAGCGACGGACCGCCUGCAGCGACUAGAGCAUGCACUCAAUGAGCCUCUCGACAGGGUGCUCCAGCUGUAUUUGGGAAUCUACGGUGUUGGUCUUACGCAGGCACGACGUUGGAUCUCCCGGGGCUUUCGCACGCUUGAUGAUCUGAAAAGACCCGAAGCCAACCUGAACAAGAACCAGCGCAUGGGACUGGAGCACUACGAAGAUCUUAACACACGCAUCCCGCGGUCCGAAGUAGAAGCCCUGGGCUCAUUAGUACAGCGCGAAGCAGCCAAGAUUGACGACCAGGUUGAGCUGCUCGUCGGUGGGAGCUAUCGCCGCGGAGCUAGCAGCUCAGGGGACGUCGACUUCAUCGUCACCCGAAAAGGCACUGUCAGCACGGAUGAGCUGGUGCCCUUUCUGGACCGGCUGGUUGAGCGCCUGACCGAGACGGGGGUAGUUGUGGCCACGGUUGCAGCGCUUCACGUCAACAAAUUAGGGGCCAGCAAGUGGCACGGCUGCUGCGUUUUGCCGCCGGAGGAGAUGCCCUUACAGACCGGUGACGGCGAUGGUGGGCGAGAAAAGCAGAAUUACAAGCCAGUCUGGCGGCGCGUUGACUUUCUUUUGGUGCCCGAGACGGAGUACGGCGCGGCGCUCAUCUACUUCACAGGGAAUGACCUCUUCAAUCGCAGUAUCAGACUGCUGGCGUCCAAGAAGGGCAUGCGGCUGAACCAACGGGGCCUGUAUUUAGACGUUAUGAGGAGCCGGGGUAGGGAGAAGGUGACGGAUGGGCAGUUGAUUGAGGGAAGCGAUGAAAGGAGGAUCUUUGAAAUCCUCGGGGUCAAAUGGAGGGAGCCAUGGGAAAGAUGGUGUUAAUGAAUUGAAUGUCACGAUGAUUAUAUAGGCUUCAUGUGCGUCCCUUACAUACAGUACCUACCCUGGACUGUAUUGCACUUUUAUGCUUAUAGUGGGAAGGACCCUGUCAAGCCUGUGCUCGUCGAAAAAGGGGUCCUGCAAUUGAGUCAAGGUUGUGUCUCGCUGGGCGCAAAAUUGAUCAGAUUUUCU